AUGGAAGAAAAAAAAGGAGUCAAAUGGAGUUGGACAUCAGCCCUCAUCGGAGCAGCCUCCGCCGUAGCCGCCACCUCAAUCCUCUCCGCCAAACCCAAAGACCCAACCUUCCACCUCAUUUCCAUCAACUUCACUUCCCUUAAACCCAGCCUCCCCGCCAUCGACGCCGAGGUUCUCCUCACCGUCCACGUCACCAACCCCAACAUAGCCCCAAUCAACUACUCCUCAACCACCAUGUCCAUCUUCUACGAAGGCUCCCUCCUCGGCUCCGCUCCGGUUCAAGCCGGUUCACAACCACCGCGCUCCUGCCAGCUCCUCCGACUCCCCGCCCGCCUCAAGGCAAGAAAGCUAGCCAAACACGCCGGAAGAGUGGUGGCGGAUGUGGCUAAGCGGGAGAUGAUACUCGAUGCGGCCGUUGAUAUUGCUGGCACCGCUAGACUUUUAUGGUGGGACCAUAAUUUUAAAGUUCAUGUGAAUAGUCAUGUUACCGUGGAUCCUGUUUUUCUUGAUGUUAUUGAUCAGGAAAGUACUGCGCAACUCGAACUCUUUGCUUCAGACGAUGAGUUGGAAGGUGAAGAUGAAAUCGAAGCAAAAGUUGAAGAGUGA